GUCUCUUCAUCCCGCAUCAGCACCCAGAUCCCGGAGGCUCCUUUGGCCCCGCCAUCUAGUGUUAGACUUUCCUCAGUUCACUGCAAUGUCGAAACGAAAGAUUAUGAGCCCAAACAGGUCCCUACCACGCCUCCGUGGCUCAACGGGACGGAUGGAUGCAAAUUCCAACGCUGACCAAGGAGUGGUCAGCGCGGACGCCGACGAGGAGAGCUACAGUGCAUGUAACCCUUCAUCAUCGACGUCACAGCAAUCUAACAGCUCAAAUGAGAGUUUGGGUGACUCCGAAGGCUUCGACGUCUCCGACGAUUCAACUUUCUCAUCGAGCAGUGGCACGUCCAACUCAUCUUCUGAGCGCAAAAAGAAGGUGAGCCGCUCAGACGACAAAAAGAAGAAGCCUUUCAAAGAGAAGCGACGCGAUGAGCGCCACAUCUCAAGUUUAGAGGUUCCAAAACUUACGGGUGUGGACGACUACGAACUCUGGAGAACAAUGACUGAGCUCAAACUUAAGGUCCAGAAACUAUGGCCAAUCGUGACAGAGAAAGUUUUAUUUAAGGACUUUUGGAAUUCAAGCCAGAUCGAGAAGAAGUACAAUGCCGGCAGCGCCGAAAAGAAUGACCUAAUGAUCAAGAGUGAGAUGGUCUCGCGCAACGCUGUCUGUGCUCCAAUUGUCACCAGUUCCGGCACUGGCACUGGAAAUGCCCACGAGGUCAUCAGCAACUUAACAAGCGCAGCCGUGGCAAAGAUCGCCUGCGUCAUGGCCGUCAUGGCUAUUGGCCGCCUAGUGGUCAAGGAGGAGGCCGAAAGACUGAUAGUGGAGGUCCGACGGCGCUAA